AUGUUUAAUCAUUGGUGGAAAAUUACUCAAGAUCCAGAAAUCUUGGAUGACACUUUUAAUGCGGCUGACAAGAUAAUACCGAGUAUAGGCAUCUCUUUCACUGCGCAUCCUGAUGCGUGGUAUAAGAGUAGAUUACUUAAUUUUGAAGGUGUUUUCGUUGAGGAUGAAAUUGAUUAA